AUGCCCUCCGGAUUAGGCACAGAACAUAAUAUCGUGUUUAACUUGUGUGAAUGUGUCACGUGGGAACAGUGGGGGAGCAGGAUGCACGAACAAGAAGGUCCCAAUAGCACACAAGUUAUUGGCAGAGAAAUAGUACUCUACCUUAAUCCUCACAUCCACUACCGCUCUAACAUCUGGUGCGGCCCACCACUGCCGUCUCGUUCUUGCUUCAAUAUAUUUCUCCUCACUCGGCAAGAUGAUUUACGCACCCGCCGAGAAAUGGAAGUUGAAUAUCGAAAGGGAAGAAGGAUGGAAGGUAGGACGGCCCAGGAGAAGAAGUGCAAUAUUUCCGCCCUUAACCACCUCUAUUCUUCCGAGGAGCCACAGCGGAGUUGUGAUUGUCUCACCAUAAGAGCGCCACUAGCCCAAUCGGAUAAUGCUUAUUUAGUGAGUCGAAUAGUUGGUCGCCUUCAAUAUUGGCUAAGACUGACUGUUCACACGAUUCCAAGUCUCUCGCUCCUUCUUUGGGUCUACAUGAGGGGAGGUGCAGUUUUAGUCUACGAAUGGCCUGUACAAUAUGGUGACUUCAGUCAACAGGGACCGUUGCGUGUGUGA